AGAUCGAAGUGCGGGACGAAGCUCCCAACUCAGCACCAACAGCGGCAGAACCUAGACAUGAUAGACCUCCUGAACUUCCCAGGCCCAGACCACCGAUACAAGUUCCCGCCGAUCAAGACAUCCGACACUAUAAGCAGGUCCGCAUUAUAGACACGAGCUUCAGAAUUCAAGAGGCAGACGGAAGCGAGGUGUCAGCGUCCCGGGCUACUUUCAGCACGCACCACCUGAACGACACGAGACUUCUUGCCUCGGAGCUGGCGAAACGCUACGGCCUGCCCGAAGAAGACUUAUGAGAGUUCUCGCUGAGUCUGAGAGCCAGCUUUCAGCACUACGAGUGAGGUCCGCCGCGCUACAAGAGCACAACACACCAACUCUUGCCUCAGGAAUACGAAUAAAGGGAAAUAUAGCCACCGGGGGAUCGAUACAAAUCAACUUAGUUAACCAUUAUUACUCUCGCGAGAUUACAGGCAAGGACUCCCGCAUAGACGAGCAUGUCGAAAUCGACGACGUCACCAACCUGAUAUCUGCACAGUCUAGUCCUGCGGGACUGGCGACCGUUGAAGGGAUUAACCAGUGGAGGGGAUGGGAUGUUGCCGUCGCCGGACUGGAUGAGGAUAAGCCUACUGUGGCCGCAAACCCAGCCACUGUCCGAAGCAUGGCAAUCAACAGAACAUCGUCUAGCGCAGAUACCUACAGCAAAGCCAUGCUGCGGAGGUUGAAUCGACGGUAUCAAAGAUAUUUGGCCUAGCAAUAUUUUGCCGCCUCUUCCCCCACCGAGACUUAUUCCUAUGAACCAACCACGCCUUGGCACAAUCGACCACACAUCGACGUUGUUCAUAGAACCAAGUGAUUCCCAAGGUCUAGGGACUUCUCUAG